AUGGCACGUUCUAGAGGCGGCGUUAGAUCCAGACCAGCUCCAGCUCAGACCCGUUCGGCUUCCACCAUGGCUGCCCAGCCCCAUCAACAACAGCACACUCCAGCAUCAACUCAUCAGUCUAAUGCUUAUUCACACCCACAGGCGGGUGCCCAGACUCGUCAGCCAGGUCUUUUUUCGCAAAUGGCUUCUACCGCUGCCGGUGUGGCAGUUGGUAGUGCUGUGGGUCAUACUUUGGGUGCUGGUCUCACCGGAAUGUUUUCCGGGUCUUCCAGUGCUCCAGCUGCCGAACAACAACAGCAGAUGGUGUCCAAUCCAGCUCAACAGCAGACUUUUGCCCAGGAACAGGCUAGAGGCUGUGACGUCGACGCCAGAACCUUCACUAGAUGUUUGGAGGAAAACAGCGGAAACAUGCAAAUUUGCGAUUUUUAUCUGCAGCAGCUAAAGGCGUGUCAAGAAGCUGCUCGUCAGUACUAA